UCUGUCGCCCUCAGCCGCCGCUGCGACUGCGCGUCGUGCGUUGUCUGCGUCCCCAUGCCGCGCUUCCCCCGUCCUCGCCCUCCCAGGCACGUCCGUCCGCCAUGCGUCCUCCGCACAGCAAGCAUCCUCCCUUCAUAUCCUCCUCAUCCCGCUAUCAUCUCCGCUCUUUGUCGCGCUGCCAUGCCUUCCAACAUCCUCCCAGCAUCUCCUCGGGCCCCAGCCUCGGUGCACCGCAGACCGCCAAGCGCACUCCCUCUGCUCGAAAUCACAAUUGGCAUCGGCCCCCGAUUAACCUCCAUCACGCCCUCGCAGCGCCAACAAAUGCUGCACAGUCCGUAUGUCGAAACACAAUCAACUCACAAACGCGCACCAAUGCACACCGCUGAUCCCAUCGCGCUCCCUCCGUCCGCCGGUCUUGCACCGGCCUACUCAGCCUGCGUACGCUGACCCAUCUCACGGCUGAUUGCCUUCCCUUGCGGAGUUGUGAUCCGUGUCAAGCCAAGCAGCACACUCCUUGAAGACGUCUGCCAGUCUGCAACAGAGGAUACCCAGUCUCGCACGCGGACGCGACUUAGCAAUUUCGUGAGUGUUCCGUUCCACUUCCAAGCUAUCGUGCACGACCUCUGGGUAUCUGACGCCUCGUACAC